AAGCGUCCACAGGCGGCGGAGCGGCCACAAUCACAGCUCCGGGCACCGGGGGAGCCCGAACGGCCGCGCCGGGGGAGUCCGCGCGGGCGCCGACCGCCCAGGUCCCAUCCUCGCCGCCAGCCCGCACCCCUGAAGUUUUGCAGCGGCGCCCGGAGAGGAGGAGAGGGAGGGGGCGGGGAGCGUGAGAGGAGAGCGAGCAAAAAGCACACCCCAAAACAUUGUAUUUGCAAAAAAAAAAAAAAGGGGGGGGGCCGCAAAAAAGGAAAAAAAAUGGCUGGGGCAAUUAUAGAAAACAUGAGCACCAAGAAGCUGUGCAUUGUCGGCGGGAUUCUGCUUGUGUUCCAAGUCAUCGCCUUUCUAGUGGGAGGCUUGAUCGCUCCAGGACCCACCACGGCUGUGUCCUACUUGUCAGUGAAAUGUGUGGAUGUUCGUAAAAACCAUCACAAGACAAAAUGGUUUGUGCCCUGGGGACCCAACCACUGCCACAAAAUCCGAGACAUCGAUGAAGCGAUUCCAAAGGAAAUAGGAGCCAAUGACAUUGUGUUUUCUGUCCACAUUCCUCUCCCCUUCAUGGAGAUGAGUCCUUGGUUCCAGUUCAUGCUGUUUAUCCUGCAGCUGGACAUUGCAUUCAAGCUAAACAACCAAAUCAGAGAAAAUGCAGAAGUUUCCAUGGACGUUUCCCUGGCUUAUCGUGAUGAUAUGUUUGCUGAAUGGACUGAAAUGGCCCAUGAGAGAGUGCCUCGGAAACUCAAGUGUACCUUCACAUCCCCCAAGACCCCAGAGCACGAGGGCCGUUACUAUGAAUGCGACGUCCUUCCUUUAAUGGAAAUUGGGUCUGUGGCUCAUAAGUACUACCUUCUGAACAUCCGGCUGCCUGUGAAUGAAAAGAAGAAAAUCAACGUUGGCAUUGGGGAGAUAAAAGAUAUUCGGUUGGUGGGAAUCCACCAAAACGGAGGCUUCACCAAGGUGUGGUUUGCCAUGAAGACCUUCCUUACGCCCAGCAUCUUCAUCAUUAUGGUGUGGUAUUGGAGGAGGAUCACCAUGAUGUCCCGCCCCCCAGUGCUUCUAGAAAAAGUCAUCUUUGCCCUUGGGAUCUCCAUGACGUUUAUCAAUAUCCCAGUGGAAUGGUUUUCCAUUGGGUUUGACUGGACCUGGAUGCUAUUGUUUGGUGAUAUUCGGCAGGGCAUCUUCUACGCAAUGCUUCUCUCCUUCUGGAUUAUCUUCUGUGGCGAGCACAUGAUGGAUCAGCAUGAGCGGAAUCACAUAGCAGGGUAUUGGAAGCAAGUCGGACCAAUCGCUGUUGGCUCUUUCUGCCUCUUCAUAUUUGACAUGUGUGAGAGAGGGGUACAACUCACGAAUCCCUUCUACAGUAUCUGGACUACAGAUGUUGGAACAGAGUUGGCUAUGGCCUUCAUCAUUGUGGCUGGCAUCUGCCUCUGCCUGUACUUCCUGUUUCUGUGCUUCAUGGUGUUUCAGGUGUUUCGGAACAUCAAUGGGAAGCAGUCCAGCCUGCCAGCCAUGAGCAAAGUCCGGCGGCUGCACUAUGAGGGGCUAAUUUUCAGGUUCAAGUUCCUCAUGCUUAUCACCUUGGCCUGUGCUGCCAUGACCAUCAUCUUCUUCAUUGUUAGUCAGGUGACUGAAGGCCAUUGGAAGUGGGGUGGUGUCACAGUCCAGGUGAACAGUGCCUUUUUCACAGGCAUCUAUGGGAUGUGGAAUCUGUACGUCUUUGCUUUGAUGUUCCUGUACGCACCAUCCCAUAAGAACUAUGGGGAUGACCAAUCUAAUGCAAGGAAGGGGCAGAAGAGCACCUCCUGCCAUAAAGUCACAGCCCAGGGCGGGAUUCUGUCACAGGUGAUCUGAGGGUCCACAACGGGGAAGAGCUCCAGCUCACCACCACUAUCACCCACGUGGACGGACCCACCGAGAUCUACAAGUUAACCCGCAAGGAGGCCCAGGAAUAGGUGGCCGCAGCACCUGGCUGGGACUGUUCCCCACAUCCCAGCCCUUCUGACUGGAGUAUGGCUCAUGCCAGCGAGAGCUCACUGUGCGAACCAACCCUCCACUGCUCCUGUGUCUUAGCUGUGGUUUCUUGGACCAGUGGCGUGGACCAGUUUGCCUUCCGACCAGAGCUGUUGGGGAGAGAUUCCACAGCCACUAACGCAUUGUGUAUGAUAACAAAACCUCUGGUAUGACACAUUUUCUGUGAUCAUUAUUAAUUAGUGAUGUAGUAACAUCUGUAGCAGGUGGUUUAGUAAACCUCAUGUGUUGGGGGUAUACUCCUUGGGGGGAUGAUGUGGGCCUGAUGGGGUCUAUAUGGAGUGGAAUAUUUGACUUGUUUUCCUGUUUUAGAUUCUAGGAUAGGUUUUUUGUUUUUUGUUUUUAACAUCCUUUGCAGUCCAAGAGAGGCUGUUGUCAUAGUUUCACACUCCUAGUUCAUGACCACUUUUUUUCCUAUUUAUAUCACCAGGUAGCCUGUUGAGUUAAUAUUUAAAUUGUCAAUAGACAUGUGUCCCUCUUUUUUUUAUGGCAUACUAUAAAAUAACUGAAUUUUGUGAGAUGGUCUAUUUCAGCUUUGGAACCAAAUCUGUGUAUCCGAUACUGACCGAUCUGUUGGAUGUGGGUUGGGUCUGAAAGCUUUUUUAACCUCCUGCUUACAUGUGUUUCCUUUUGAUAAGAUGCUUCAAAUAGCCUCCGGAAGUGUAGAUCGGAUCCAUUAAAUAAACCUGUACGUGUUUGCAUAUAUGUACAUGCACACGUCAUCCUCCUGCUCAGCCACGACACACGCAUGCAGAUUCUUUUCCAUGUCAAGUCAUGGGGUGGGGGAAAUGGCUUUAUGAGAAAUUAAAGUAUUUUGCCAUCAAA